ACAUGCUAUAGUUUGAGGUGGAAAUUGGUUCCGUGUAGGUGCAGAUCGGUGUUUUGGGUCACGCGCUUUCAUAGUGACCCGGAUGCUAUUCCAGUUUGGAGUUUCGCCCCAACCUAGCAUAACACAACAUAGUUAUAUGAUACACCGAGUUUGGGUUUUUUUGUGCUGCAUUUGUGGCCCGCGGCUCGACACAUGUAUGGAAUAAAGACCUGAAGUGGCCACUUUUGCGGUGUUUUGUUUUAUUCAAACGCGAUAACAGGGCGCUUCGAUGUAGCUAAAGACAGGUGUGGAGAUGAUGCUGCCCAUAGCGAUGCUGAUGCUUUCGUUCACUCAGAUCUUCAUCAUCACUUUCAUCAGCCUGCUCCCUGUGGAGGCCGACAUUGCUGCAUACUCUGGUGAUAAUCAGACAGCGAAGUUUGAUGAUGCCCCUGCUCGGUUUGGAUUCAGGUUGCCCAGCCAGGGUCUGAAGGGUUUCCUGAUCGGUGCACGGCCUGAAAAUGGGUGCGUUCCAAUCGAUCCUCCUCCAAUCCGAGAGAACUCCAGCAUCAGCUUCAUCGUCCUCAUCAAACGAUACCAUUGCAAUUUCGACAUCAAGGUGCUGAACGCACAGAGAGCGGGUUACUUGGCUGCCAUUGUUCACAAUGUCGACUCGGAGGAGCUCGUCAAUAUGGGGUCUGAUGACCUGGAAGUGGUGAAGCAGAUCAACAUCCCAUCUGUUUUUGUUGGAGAAAAAGCUUCCAAAUCUUUAAUGGAGGAAUACAGCUAUGAGAGAGGUGGUUUUCUAAUCCUGAUGCCCGAAUUCAGUCUGCCGUUGGAAUAUUACCUGAUCCCUUUCCUCAUCAUCGUAGGAAUCUGUCUUAUUCUCAUUGUGGUGUUUAUGAUCACAAAGUUUGUUCAGGACCGACAGCGAGCCCGAAGGAGUCGACUGCGCAAGGACCAGCUGAAGAAACUUCCCAUCCAUAAAUACAAAAAAGGUGAUAUCUAUGAUGUGUGUGCGAUCUGCCUGGAUGAGUAUGAGGAGGGGGAGAAGCUGCGUGUGCUGCCAUGUUCACAUGCAUAUCACUGUAAGUGUGUCGAUCCAUGGCUAACAAAGACAAAGAGGACAUGCCCGGUGUGUAAGCAGAAGGUGGUUCCGGCUGGUUCGGAAUCAGACUCUGACUCGGACAGCGGAGGAGACGAGAGCGAUGAGGUUUCCGAAAGCACACCGUUGCUGCGCCCGAACCCCUCCCGAGUUCGUACCCCCUCCCUGACUAGCGCGCACACCGCCUCCACCGGCCCUCCCGACUGCUCCGACUCCGAUUCUGACUCCACUGAGGAAGAUGGGGAGGGAGACGUGGUCACCCUGGAGACAGUUGUGGUGUUGCAGCAGGAGCAACCUGAUGAUGACCUCAUCAGCGCCUAAAGACAAGCCAAUCAGACUGCUAAUCAGUCUGCAGUGACAGUAUAAAACAUACAAACACACACACACACACACACACACACACACACAGAGAGAGCACGGUAGAUUUUAUCACACUAGAAUGCUGAUGAUGGUUCCGAAAAACAUACAAACACACACACCUUAUUACAUUAAUCCAAAAUAAGGAUGUAACAGACUUUAUUUCUACCCAAAAAUCCUGCUUAUUGAGGGACCCUCCUCCAGAACGAGACCUUUUCUGCAGCUUUGAUGCUGAAUAUUAUUAUAUAUCAUUUAACUGAAUUUCAACACACUUGUGUCUUCUGUAGCACCUUUUUUCUUAUUCUUAUUAUCCUUGUUUUUUUGUUGUUUUUUUUUUGUUAGGAAUUUUAUAGUAAUUUCCUUCUAAUGAUUUCCUUUUUUUUGGCUUGAAGUGUAGCCAGUGUUGCUUUUCUGUAUAAAACAAAGCCAAACGUUCUGAUCGUGCCACAUUCGAAAUAAUCGGUAAUCAAAUCAAUGUCGGACGGAAAUCCCGGUUAAUGCAUGAUCAGCGCUCUCACACUCGGCAGUGUUUCGAUUCCUCAGCCCGGUUUAGUGUUUUGUCUUCGUGACUGUUAAACCCUGGCUGCCUUUUCCAGCGUCCCCUUUAUUUAACAAUUAAUUUCAACACCAAUAAACGAGUUCUGUUGAGCAAGUUAAGCACACCCGCAAUUUGUUUUAUUUAUAUAGCAUUUAGAAGAAUAGACUUUUGCUUAUUUAGGAAUACAGAUGUACAUUUUAAUCCCUGAUGUAAAAGCAAGAAAUAACGGUGAUGAGAGAACUCUCUCUCUCCCAGGUGACUUGAGUAUUAAUACUAUGGCAUGUCAUGAAUGGAGUAGUAUAGCGCGUAUGUGUCCAGGAACAUCGGCACCCAAAGAUCUAUAUCUCACAUGGUCAAACUAGGCCAAGAAUCAAUGCACCUUAUGGAAAUUGCUGUAUUGUGUAAUGUAACUUGUGUUUAAUCUGUUUUUUAAAGAAAAUAAUAUACAAAGAAAUCCGGUUGAGUGUAAACAUGUGCAGGCACGCUUUUAGCAGGCUCCUGUAUCUAAAAUUCAUCCUGUUUGUUGCUCUUGUCCAAAACGCUCAAAUCUUUCCUGUACAUCCAGUCUGAACACAUUCGCAGUGAGAACAUUGAAAGUGCUGCCCAUAUUUUAUUACAGCUACAGCAGUAGAAAUCACAACACAUCUGUAUCAAAAAUAUUUUAUUUAUUAUAGACUUCUACUAGUUUGUCUUCUUACCCUGAAUAGAAUAGGUUUAAUUUAAACCUCGAACAGUAAGCCAGGCUACUAAUAAUGUUUGGUGAAAUGUAAUGUGUUUGGUCUGUGGACAGGUCAGGAAAAGAAAAAAAAAAAAAAAAAAGAGAGUUGUACAGGUUUAUUAUACACAUUUACAAAACGGUUUAUGGAGCAAAAAAUGGUCACGUAUUUAUUUUGCAGUUAUCGCUUCAUCAAGCUUCCUCAUCUAAGAUUUAUAUCAUAGUGGCAGACACGGUGGUGCUACGUUCUCACAGUGCCCGGAUUCCCCGUUCUCUCCAGAUGUUUUUGCUUAUAGUCUGUGUGAAUACUAAUCACUAAUAUUUCAGGCGAGACCGGCAGCCUUGGACGUGAGGCUGGUCAGGUCGGGUGGGAUGCAUGCCGUUAGGCCAACACAUUUUUAACACUUGUUAUUCACCGAUGUUGCGUAUUUGCGUCGUAUGAUUCAAAUUAUGUUUUAUUCAAAAGCAUUCUCAUGUAUUUAAACGUGACAAAAUCCAAAUCACGUAAUGAUCUAACCUGGAUUCUAAGUGGAAUAAAAGUAAAUAGAAAAUA